GUACAAAUGGAUAAAUUAUUUCCUGUUUGGAAGGUUUAUCCAGGUGAGGGUGGGGACGUCUCUAUCAGACAUCUACCUGGUGGAUAACGGUACACCGCAGGGUAGUGUGAUUAGUCCUCUGUUCUCAAUCAUGAUCAAUGAUGUUUACUCUCAGGUACGGCUGUAUAUUGGGAGGUCGUUAUUUGUAGAUGAUGGGGCCUUAUGGGAGAGGGGAAGUAAUGUGCCAUUACAGGAAGCAAUUGAAGAGGUAGAACAGUGAGCAUUCAUGUGGGGAUUCAGGUUCUCUCUAGAGAUAACUUAGACAGUGUUUUUUACCAGGAGGAAGGUGGGAGAUGAGGAAUGCUUGAGGUUAUAUGGGAGAAACUUGGAGAGGGUGAGGGCCUUCGGGUUCCUUGGGGUAUACUUUGGCACUAGGCUGACCUGGGCAGAACACAUUGAGAGAGUGACAGGUAAGUGUAAGAAGGUGCUAAAUGUGAUGCGCUGUCUGACGGGGAAGGAGUGGGGGGACGGACCAUGUAUGUUGCAUCGAUCUGAUCCGUAAUAGACUAUGGUAGCAUAGAGUAUGGUUCGGCAGCCCAAACCUUAUUGGAAAGGCUAGAUGUCAUUCAGGGGCAAGGACUCAGAAUAUGUAGUGGGGUGUUUCGGACCUCCCCAGUGGCUGCACUACAGGUGGAGAUGGGAGAUUUCCCAUUGCAGAUUAGGAGACAGCAGCAGCAGCAUUCUGCAAAAGGGAUUUUACAGGCAUGAUGGAAAACAUGAGCGAGCACAGAACACAAGCUUUGGGUGGGUAAUACCCAGGCGAGGGAGGUGGGACUGUAUGCAAGAGAGUUUAGUCCAACGGUACCUAUUCCUGUAAAUCCACCAUGGCUACUCCCACCUUCAGUAGUUGAUCUAGAAGUGUUGGAGAGACUAUGGAAAGAUAGGAUGGGUGUUGAUCCAUCUUAUUUGUUUAAUAGAUAGAUGCAUACUGUGUAUCAGGAUUUUAUGGCCAUUUACACAGAUCAUUCAAAAGAUCCAAGGACAGGACGUACUGGGUCAGCAUUUGAAGUGCAGGACUGUGGGGUGACAGUCAGGAAAUGUAUUUCAGAUCAUCUGGUUGGCCAUACUGUUGGCCUUGCAAUGUGUGGAGUAAGUCAAGCCAGACAGAGUAGUUAUUUGCUCUGAUUCAUGUGCAGUGUUGAUGAGUCUGCAGUCCUUUAGCUCACGUAGCAGACAAGACCUGCUUUAUGAUGUACUACAAACCCAUGGCAGGAUUAAACAGAUGGGUAUACAGAUAAGAUUGACUUGGUUCCCAGUCAGUGGAGGCUGCUGAGGUGAAGACUGCUCAUAAUAAUGGCUGGAACGGAGCAAAUGGAGGAUUUACCAGGAGCCUGUCCUCCUCAAUUAAGGUACCACCAACCUCCUGUGGUCCCAGCCCAUGUGGGGGUGGAGGGGAACUUGGUAGUUGAUGUACCCGCUAAACAAGCACUUAAAAGUGGGGAUGUUGUAGUUUCAAUGAGCAAGGCAAAGGCAAAAGACCGAUAUGGACAGUGAUGGUGCAGAGAUGGCAGGAGCAGUGAAGUAGAGUUACUAAGGGCAGGCAAUUAUGUAAUAUUUUUUCUAAGAGCAACGGGGCUGGCAGGUAGAAUUUACUUUCUCUUGGUCUCUGGCCCACACUCCAGUACAGUAGGUGGUGGUAAGACACAAUAACAUUGGAUGCCAACUGCUGAUAAACCCCACCGAAGAAGAUCAGUUUGUCAGAAGUUACUACAACCACAAAGUCGCAAUUGGCUAUCACAAAACUUGUCUUAAUUUAAGGUUAGGCAUAAUGUUAGUAGGGUGGUUAGGGUUCAAAUACGAUUUUUUUCAGAUACAUUUUUGAAAUAGACUGUGGUAACUAGUGAGGACCGAAAGAUCGGGAAGAAAAAUGGAUUUCCGGAGUCUAUCCAACCAAUAAGCGCAUUCCACAUGCGGACACCAAGCGCAGCAUUCAGAGCAUGCGAAAGGGUAGUGAACAAAUGCGAUUGGUGCUGAUGGGGAAAGCAGUGAAUCCGCGGCAGCACACAUGAACAAAUAGACAGCGGACAUCCACGAAGGCUGUACUUGUCAGACCUACCGCGUAACCACCUGCAUUAUCCAACGACAGAGACGCAUUUUUUAAGUUAUUGCCCCUUCAAAAAAUGAAAAUAGUUUUGAUAGUGGUAUGAAUUAUCCGUAUUUCAUGGUUGUCUGGAACAUUGUAGCCAACCGGCGAAUUUGACGGGGGAAGGCAUCGGUCUCCUAACAAGUGUGAGGACUAACAGCCACCAUUUUCAUUGCACGUCAGGUUAUUUAGUGUUUGGGAAAUCAAAUACAUUUCAAGAUAUUCGUAUGAGUUUUUGGCAGCGUGAGUUUGGGGAAGACACAAAUUAAGUGAGUAAUCAGUGGGGGUUGUCGAGGUUUCAGCUAACGUUAGCGAGCUAGUGUGUGACCUCGCACAGAUCCUCACCAUGGAGAACGCUCACACAAAGACAGUGGAGGAAGUUUACAGCCAUUUCAACGUGAACGAAAGCACAGGUCUAGGUUUAGACCAGGUGAAGAGGCAGCGGGAAAAAUGGGGACCUAACGAAUUGCCUGCUGAGGAGGGAAAGUCUUUAUGGGAACUUGUAGCUGAACAGUUUGGAGAUCUACUUGUGAGGAUUCUUCUUCUUGCGGCCUGCAUAUCCUUUGUGCUGGCCUGGUUUGAGGAGGGAGAGGAGACCAUCACAGCCUUCGUGGAGCCUUUUGUAAUUUUGCUGAUUCUGAUAGCAAAUGCCAUUGUGGGUGUCUGGCAGGAGCGAAAUGCAGAGAAUGCCAUUGAAGCGCUCAAAGAGUACGAGCCGGAGAUGGGAAAGGUGUACCGGCAGGACAGGAAGAGUGUGCAGAGGAUCAAGUCCAAGGACCUUGUACCAGGGGACAUCGUGGAGGUGGCCGUUGGCGAUAAAGUUCCUGCAGAUAUUCGACUCACCUCCAUCAAAUCCACAACCCUGAGGGUGGACCAGUCCAUUCUGACAGGGGAGUCUGUCUCUGUGAUCAAGCACACUGACCCGGUGCCUGACCCCCGGGCUGUCAACCAGGACAAGAAGAACAUGCUCUUCUGUGGCACCAACAUAGCAGCGGGUAAGGCAGUGGGUGUUGUGAUGGCCACAGGCGUCAACACGGAGAUUGGUAAGAUUCGUGACGAGAUGGCGUCCACGGAGCAGGAGCGUACGCCUCUGCAGCAGAAGCUGGAUGAGUUCGGGGAGCAGCUGUCCAAGGUCAUCUCCCUGAUCUGCAUUGCUGUGUGGCUCAUCAACAUUGGCCACUUCAGUGACCCCGUCCACGGAGGCUCCUGGAUCCGUGGCGCUGUGUACUACUUCAAGAUUGCUGUGGCCCUGGCCGUGGCCGCCAUCCCAGAGGGUCUGCCCGCUGUCAUCACCACCUGUCUGGCUCUAGGAACCCGUCGCAUGGCCAAGAAGAACGCCAUCGUCCGCAGCCUGCCCUCUGUGGAGACCCUGGGCUGCACCUCCGUCAUCUGCUCCGAUAAGACCGGCACCCUCACCACCAACCAGAUGUCUGUCUGCAGGAUGUUCGUUAUUGACCAAGCGGCAGGCGACAGCUGCUCCCUGAAGGAGUUCACAAUCACUGGCUCCACAUACGCCCCUGAGGGACAAGUGUACCAUGAUGGUAAACCAGUCAAGUCCUCCCAGUAUGAUGGCUUAGUUGAGAUGGCUUCCAUCUGUGCCUUAUGUAACGACUCCUCCCUGGAUUACAAUGAGAUAAAAGGUGUGUAUGAGAAGGUUGGCGAGGCUACAGAGACUGCCCUCACCUGCCUGGUGGAGAAGAUGAACGUGUUUGACACCGACGUCAAGGGCCUGUCCAAGAUCGAGAGAGCGAAUGCCUGCAACUCUGUGAUCAAGCAGUUGAUGAAGAAGGAGUUCACCCUGGAGUUCUCCAGAGACAGGAAGUCAAUGUCUGUGUAUUGCACACCCAACAAGGCCCACUCCUCCAUUGGCAAGAUGUUUGUUAAGGGAGCCCCAGAAGGAGUGCUUGACAGGUGCACUCACAUCCGUGUGGGCGGGAACAAGGUGCCCCUGACCCCGGGCAUCAAGGACAAGGUAUUGUCAGUGAUCAGGGAGUACGGGACAGGGCGUGACACACUGCGUUGCCUGGCCCUGGCCACAAAGGACAACCCUAUUGCCAAAGAGAACAUGGUGUUGGAAGACUCAAACCGCUUCAUUGAAUACGAGAUGGACCUGACGUUCGUGGGUUGCGUGGGCAUGCUGGACCCUCCCAGGGCGGAGGUUGCCGCCUCCAUCAAGCUGUGCCGCCUGGCAGGCAUCCGCGUCAUCAUGAUCACCGGCGACAACAAAGGCACAGCCAUUGCCAUCUGCCGCCGCAUCGGUAUCUUCAGUGACAAAGACGAUGUCUCCUCCAUGGCCUUCACCGGCCGAGAGUUUGACGACUUGUCGCCAGCUGCUCAGAGAGACGCGGUGGUCAAUGCACGCUGCUUUGCCCGUGUGGAGCCGUCCCACAAGUCCAAGAUUGUGGAGUUCCUACAGUCCAUGGACGAGAUCACGGCCAUGACUGGUGAUGGUGUGAAUGACGCCCCUGCUUUGAAGAAGGCAGAGAUUGGCAUCGCCAUGGGUUCAGGCACAGCUGUAGCUAAGUCAGCCUCUGAGAUGGUCCUGGCUGAUGACAACUUCUCUACCAUCGUGGCGGCUGUGGAGGAGGGCAGGGCCAUCUACAACAACAUGAAGCAGUUCAUCCGUUAUCUCAUCUCCUCCAACGUGGGAGAGGUCGUCUGCAUCUUCCUGACGGCUGCUCUAGGCUUCCCCGAGGCUCUGAUCCCUGUCCAGCUGCUGUGGGUUAACCUGGUGACGGACGGCCUCCCGGCCACUGCCCUGGGCUUCAACCCCCCUGACCUGGACAUCAUGAACAAGGUCCCCCGCAACGCCCGCGAGCCCCUCAUCUCUGGAUGGCUCUUUUUCAGAUACCUCGCCAUCGGAUGCUAUGUGGGUGUGGCUACAGUCGGUGCUGCUACCUGGUGGUUCGUCGCUGCUGAGGAUGGACCCAGGAUCACCUUUUACCAACUGAGCCACUUUCUGCAGUGUGGUCCUGACAACCCAGAGUUUGAUGGUUUGAAGUGUGAGCUGUUUGAGUCCCCCUACCCCAUGACCAUGGCCCUGUCUGUGCUUGUCACCAUCGAGAUGUGCAAUGCCCUCAACAGUGUGUCAGAGAACCAGUCCCUGCUGCGUAUGCCCCCCUGGGAGAACGUGUGGCUGCUGGGAGCCAUCUGCCUCUCCAUGUCCCUGCAUUUCCUUAUCCUCUACGUGGAGCCCCUGCCGAUCAUCUUCCAGAUCACCCCUCUGAACCUGACCCAGUGGCUGAUGGUGCUGAAGCUCUCCCUGCCCGUCCUCCUGCUGGACGAGGUCCUAAAGUUAGCAGCCAGGAACUACAUGGAGAACUACCCUGGUAAAGAGCUGGAGAAGCCCAGCAGCAAAGGCUGCUCUCUGUCUGCAUGUAUGGAGGGCAUCUCCUGGCCCUUUGUGGCCCUCACCCUCCCCCUGGUGCUGUGGAUUUACAGCACCGACACUAACAUGGCAGACAUGUUCUGGUCCUGACUGACUUGAGCACAACCCCUCCCCUCUCUCUCCUCCUGUGUGUGCAUAGUUAGUGUAUGUGUUUGUGUAGACUUGGAGUGUGCCUGCCGAGUGUGCAUGAGAAGGACCUAGUUAAACACAAACUUAAAAAAUAAUAUUCAGAAAUCUUUUUGAAAUUGUGAGUGGGUGAGGCUUUAGUGUGAGUGUCAGUUUGACAGUCUCUUGUAGCUGUGGACUUUUUUGCUGGUUCAAACAGAAAAUAAUGUUGUCCGUUUUUGUUGUCUAUUUCCUUUUUAAAUUCGAUUUUUUAAUGAUUUGGGAUUAUCACUUUCUCUUUCACUGCAGUACAAAUAAUAUUUUUGCGCUGCCCUUUUCAUAUUAGUAAACAAAUGAGAUAUUUAAAAGCAGUCCUUUGACCUGUACAGAGAUUAACACUAUUUUAUGCAACUUUUUUUGUUCAUCAUUUUGUAAAUUGUUGGAACGGAUUGCAGGAGGAGUGGCUAAGAGAACGGGUAGGGUCACCUUUUAAUGUUUACUGUUGUCUUCAGUAUAAACUUAGAACUCUUUCAGAGCCAAUGGACAAGCACUCGAUAGCAGGAGGUGGGUAAGAUAAGUGAUUGUGUAUGCAUAGCUGAAAACGAAACAGAAGUAUCCUGAAAAUGGAAGCUACAUGUUCUUUAACCUAACAUGAACUGUACUGGGGUUUUCAUUUAUGAUUUAGUUGUCUCCCCCACAUCAAUGUAAAAAUUACCUUUAUGGAUUUAAAAAAACACUUUUUGAUUUGAAAAGCCAGUUUUUCUGCUGUAGGCAGAGCACAGCUACCUCAAUGCAAUCCAUUUUGCUCAUUUCUAGAUUAUUUCCCCUACAUAGCUUUAGUCUUUAUUCAACAUUUAGUCCAUAUAGUUGACACUUGAUGUGUGCCCCUAUUUCCUUGUGCAGAAAACAAAAAUCUAAUUGGCCUUCCCUCAGUGAUUUAUUUUUAAGGGUAUUUUGUCUUUGUAUUUUUUAUUUUACUUGACUUUUAUUACAUUUAUUGUUGUUUUGUUGGCAGGAUUGGGUUUAGGAUGUAAAUGUUGCUGUCUUUGUGGGUCAUAAUUUUGAUUCAAAGGAGAGAAAAGGCUACAUAAUUUUUUACUUUAAAAAUACAGGUUUUCCAAUUGACUACUCCAACCAUGAACUUGCGACACAAGUUUUGUUUCAAGAAAAAUACACUCAUGAACCCUUUGAAUCAAAGUGUUUUUGUCUUUCUUUACCUGGACUGCGUGAACGUGGUGUCCAGAUCAUUUCAAUACAGUGUGGUUUUUGUAUGGGCACAUACUUGAAUAUAAAUAAUGUACAGUGUC